AUGUCUUCCACAGGGACAGGAACGAGAUACUUUGCCCACCCUAAAUCCCUUGACGAGACGUUGAACAGUUCCCCUCGCGAGAACGGCGACCUCGCCAACAUGUCAAAAAGUCAAGAGGAGCAGUCGUUCGAGGCGGCCAAGGAGACCACGGCAUCCUAUACCAAGAAGGAGCAGGAGCCUGUCUCUUUGAAAAAAGAAGUUUCGAAGCCGGGGAUCACUUUCGCCGCUCAGGACAAGCUACCGAAGCUACCCAUCCCUGAGUUGGAUUCGUCUAUGAAGAAAUAUCUCGAUGCCUUGGCUCCGCUGCAGUCCCCGCAGGAGCACAACGACACAAAGGCUGCCGUUCGCGACUUUUUGGAGAAUGAAGGUAAGGAUCUGCAGGAGCGAUUGAAGAAGUAUGCCACGGGCCGAACUAGUUACAUUGAACAAUUCUGGUACGACUCGUACUUGAACUAUGACAAUCCCGUCGUUUUAAACCUCAACCCGUUCUUUCUGCUCGAGGACGAUCCCACUCCGGCGCGGAAUAACCAAGUCACCAGGGCUGCGUCCCUGGUGAUUUCUGCUCUCUGCUUUGUCAGGGCGGUGCGAAAGGAAGAACUGCCGCCCGACACCUUGAGAGGAACGCCGUUGUGCAUGUACCAAUACUCGCGACUCUUUGGGACUGCACGAGUGCCCACGGAGAAUGGAUGCAUUAUCGGUCAGGAUUCCGACUCCAAGCAUGUUGUUGUUAUGUGCCGCGGUCAAUUUUAUUGGUUUGACGUUCUCGACGACAACAACGACGUGAUCAUGACUGAAAAGGACCUUGCCAUCAACCUGCAGGUUAUUGUGGACGAUGCCGAGCAGACCCCGAUCCAGGAGGCUGCCAAAGGCGCCAUCGGAGUGCUCAGUACCGAGAAUCGAAAGGUCUGGUCACACUUGCGAGAUCUGUUAACAAGGGACGAAGGUUCCAAUAACGCGGAAUGUCUAAGCAUUGUCGACUCUGCCCUGUUUAUGAUUUGCCUGGACUAUACCGAGCCGACCAAUGUCUCUCAGCUUGCCGGCAACAUGCUCUGUGGCACUAGUGUAGUGGAGCGUGGUGUCCAAGUCGGGACCUGCACCAACAGAUGGUAUGACAAGCUCCAGAUUAUUGUCUGCAAAAACGGCAGUGCCGGCAUCAACUUCGAGCACACUGGCGUGGACGGGCAUACUGUCCUCCGCUUCGCGAGUGACGUCUAUACCGACACCAUUCUGAGGUUUGCAAAGUCCAUCAAUGGUCAAGCGCCAACGCUGUGGACAAGUCAGAGCCCGGACCCGUCGAAGCGAGACCCCGAUAGCUUUGGUGAUGUGAGCACCACUCCGCACAAGCUCGAGUGGGACAUGAUCCCCGAGCUGCAGAUCGCCUUGCGCUUCGCGGAGACACGACUGGCGGAUCUGAUCAACCAAAAUGAGUUUCAGACGCUAGAUUUCGCUGGUUACGGGAAGAAUUUCAUCACAUCCAUGGGCUUCUCGCCUGAUGCUUUUGUUCAAAUGGCUUUCCAAGCUGCAUAUUAUGGUCUGUAUGGCCGUGUCGAGAACACGUACGAACCUGCCAUGACCAAGAUGUUCUUCCAUGGUCGGACCGAGGCCAUUCGGACGGUGACGCCUGAAUGCGUCGAGUUCGUCAAAACAUUUUGGGCAGACAACGCUGCGCAGAAGAAGGUCGAUGCGCUUCGAGCGGCGACACAGAAACAUACCGCCAUCACUAAAGAAUCAAGCAAAGCACAGGGCUCAGACCGUCAUCUGUACGCUCUCUACUGUGUUUGGCAACGCAAGGUGAAUGAUGAGUCGGCCGAAAUUGGCAGCACUGCUGGAUUCAGCUCGAAUGGCUAUUCUAGUCCCACCGAUGUGAGCGACUUCGGCAGCCCGAAACGUCUCGAGGAGUCGUCUUCACCUAUCGGCCGUUCUCGGACUGGAACCGAGUCCAGCCGGUCACCGGCGCCAGCUCUACAGCAGAUGCCAGCCCUGUUCAGUGAUGCCGGGUGGGACAAGAUCAACAACACCAUCAUCAGUACCUCCAACUGCGGCAAUCCAUCACUGCGCCACUUCGGCUUCGGGCCAACCUCCGGAGAUGGUUUUGGUAUCGGGUACAUCAUCAAGGACGACACUAUUUCAAUUUGUGCCAGUAGCAAGCACCGGCAGACCCAGCGUUUCGUAGACAGUCUAGAGUCGUACUUGAACGAAAUCCGCCGCCUCUUGAGGGCUACCAAAACGAAAGACGCUGCGGCCUCCAAAAUCACCCGAGCCCGAGAGGCAGAAGAAAAGGCGGGCAAGGACGGCCGCCUCAAGUCUCGCGGCCGGAUUAUCAAGACUGAAGCUUCCAAAGUCGAUGGCUUCCAGACUCCUACGAGCUUGGACACGGCAGAGGUGGAGGAUGAUGGUUUGGGUGGAUAUGGCUUCUUCGACGCUGGCAUGCUGUUACAAGCACUCAAAAAGGACCAACCCAAACCCUCAGAACAAAUUGCGCAAAGGAGGAAAGCUGUGGGCAAGAAGCUUGCUUUGAGCGAGUACUAG